UGCUGAUGACUCACGCAUAUUUAUUGAGCAAGAUCUCUGGGUGUGUGGUGGUGUGUUGUGUCUGUAUGUGACUUACAUGUUGACGUGUCUUUGUGCAGAGUGUUUAUGUUUCUGUGUUUUUCUAUGCUUGUCUCAGAAAGAGAGACUUUCCCAAAAAUCAUGCAGCAGAGUAGGAUUUGAACCCAUGCCUCUGGAGUACGAGGAGGAAAUCUUGGUAGCUGUAGAAGAGAAUGAUUUUCGUUCCACGGGGCUCCUUCUUUUGAUCCUCCCCGGGUUAUCUUAAUGAGUCCUAGAUGUACCCAGUGGUCAGCCCAUCCUGGCCCAUCCCAGCGAGCCCCAUGAAUCCUCUUGCUAGCCCCCUGAGCCGUCAGUGGUCGCGUGGUUUCUAGAUCGAUGUGUCUGGCCCGUAGAAAUGAAGAAACAAAAAAUGUACCCUUCCCAUCUGCUUCCCUGUUCUCCGGCUGCGCUUCGGGGCUGCUGAGAGCCCUAAGGGUGGGGCUGCUCCAGAGAAGGCUCCUCAGGUGUACUUAGCCCCUCUUCGGAGAACCCGAGAGUCGUUGGGCUUUGGGAGGAAGGGGAAGCGCUGGCCAAAGGAGAAACUUCCUUGAGUUGUUUGCGGGAGCCAAUUCUUGGAUUCCCAUAUGAGCACUUCCGUCUCUGGAAGAGGGCCAGGGCCAGGAGGAGGGCAGAGGCAGCCAACAGGAGUGAGGACCCUUCUUCCACCUGUGAGCUGACCGAAGGCCAUGGGCAUGCACCCAGAGCCCAGAGGUCGGCCUUCCAAGCGGGGAUCCCCCCUUUAACACAUACACCCACCCACUUUCUUCCUCUUCCUCCUUUGGCACACUUUCUCUUCUCUGUUGUCGUCAGAGAUCCAGGGAGGGACUCGAGGCCAGUAGAGAAGCCGGAAACGGCAGGCAGAAGCAGCCGUGACUUGCGCUGACGAGGAAGACCUGGGAAGGAUUGUUUUUUUUUUUUUUUAAUCGAGGGGUGGGGACCCUAACGGGAAAGGCCCCCACCUCGCUGGACAGAGUCCCACGCCCAUGGGGCCAGGCAGUGUCCACUGAGAGAGGGAGAAGACUCCAAAGGGGUUGCUAAAGGCUGGCCUCCCAAUUCUCAGACUAUGUCUCUCUGGAGUCUAGUUUCCAAGAUGCCCCCAGAAAAAUUCCAGGGGUUGUUUGUACAGUUUCCCCAACGUCUCCGGCAUCUUCUGGGGGAUUGGUUGGAGAACCAACCCUGGGAAUUCCUAGGUGCUUCUGAUGCCUUCUCUUGCCGGAUAGCCAGCACCUUGCUUUCUGAAACUGUCCAGCAGUUGAAGUCUGCAGCUGGUGAGCAAGGAGAAGGGAGGACGACCUUGCAGCACAUUAGUAGUCUAGAGAGUCUGUGCCAGAGAGACCCACUGAAGUUGGUGAGCACUUUCCGCCAGAUUUUACAAGGAGAGAAGGUGGCUGUCUUGGAACAGUUCCAUCACCUGCCCCUUGCUUUCCACUGGAAACAAGAAGAGCUCAAAUUUGGCAUGGUACUUCAAAGGCUGCAGCACCAUGUGGGAGAGAUCAGGGCCCUCCGAGAGGCCACGGGACAAGCAUGUCUACAGAGCAUGAUGGAGGAAUCAGCUAAUGGAACAAAUUCAAAUGAGCCAUUGCUAAGGUUACUACAGGAGACAAUCAAGGAGCUGGAGGGGGCCAGAACCAUGGUCCUGAAGAAGAUCCAGAUUUGGAAACGGCAACAGCAGCUGGCAGGGAAUGGGGCACCCUUUGAUGAGAGCCUGGCACCCCUUCAAGAGAGGUGUGAGAAUCUGGUGGACAUUUAUUCCCAACUGCAGCAAGAGGUGGGUGGGGCCACUGGGGAGCUGGAGCCCAAUAUCCAGGCUGCACUGAACGGCCGGCUGGAUGACGUCCUUCGGACCCUGGUUACCAGCUCUUUCUUGGUGGAGAAGCAGCCUCCUCAGGUGCUAAAGACACAGACCAAGUUCCAGGCUGGGGUUCGGUUCCUUCUGGGCUUUCGACUCCUGGGGACUCCAGCCAAGACACCCCUGGUCAGAGCAGACAUGGUGACUGAGAAGCAGGCGAGGGAACUGAAUCAUCCCCAGGGGUCAGGAGCUGGAGUGGAAAGCACAGGAGAAAUCACCAACAAUACAGUGCCUCUGGAGAACAGCAUCCCAGGGAACUGCUGCUCUGCCCUCUUUAAGAACUUGUUACUGAAGAAAAUCAAGCGUUGUGAACGGAAGGGCACAGAAUCUGUAACGGAGGAGAAGUGUGCUGUUCUCUUCUCUACUAGUUUCACCCUGGGGCCCAACAAUCUCAUCUUCCACCUCCAGGCUCUGUCUCUUCCCUUGGUUGUGAUUGUCCACGGGAACCAGGACAACAAUGCCAAAGCCACUAUCCUAUGGGACAAUGCCUUCUCAGAGAUGGACCGAGUACCAUUCAUGGUGGCUGAGCGGGUACCCUGGGAGAAAAUGUGUGAAACACUGAAUCUCAAAUUCAUGGCAGAGGUGGGAACAAGUCAGGGCCUUCUCCCUGAACAUUUCCUCUUUCUGGCCCAGAAGAUUUUUAAUGACAACAGCCUCAAUAUGGAAACCUUCCAGAACCGCACUGUGUCAUGGGCACAGUUCAACAAGGAGAUUCUCCUUGGCCGUGGCUUCACCUUCUGGCAGUGGUUUGAUGGUGUCCUGGAUCUCACCAAGCGUUGCCUCCGCAGCUACUGGUCUGACAGGCUAAUCAUUGGCUUCAUCAGCAAACAGUAUGUCAACAACCUACUCCACAGUGAACCAGACGGUACUUUUCUCCUUCGAUUCAGUGACUCAGAGAUCGGGGGCAUCACCAUCGCACACAUCAUCCGGGGCCAAGAUGGUACACCACAAAUUGAGAACAUCCAACCAUUCUCAGUCAAAGAUCUAUCUAUACGAUCCCUAGGGGACCGGAUUCGUGACCUAGCUCAGCUGAAGAACCUCUACCCAAAGAAACCCAAAGAUGAGGCCUUCCGGAGCCAUUACAAGCCGGAACAGAUGGGCAAGGAUGGCAGGGGUUAUGUCCCAGCUACUAUCAAGAUGACUGUUGAGCGGGACCAGCCAUUACCUACUCUGGAAAGCCAGCUGCCUUCCAUGGUGCCUGCCUAUGACCUUCAACCUAGUCCUGAGCCCUUUACCAUGCAGUUUGGAUCGGAGAGAAUGCCCAGGGCUCCAGGACUCCCAGUACACCAGGUGCCGACAUAUCACAUGCAGCCUUUGGAGGAAAUGUCCACCUUUCAAGAUGAACCAUCACUACAGUUGGCAUCGAUGGCUAACAGAAUGAAUCAGAGUCAGCUGAACCUGCCUUUUGACCAAACACAUCCUCAGGUUCUGAUUCCAUCCACGGACCCAGCAAUCCUCAACCCCAACCCCAUGGCCUGUUCAGAGGUGAUCAUGACUGAAGAAAGCAGGCUAGAGCCACCUAUGUUUCCAGUAGAAAACUGGAAUGAAGGCUUCCCUUCCUUGUUGCCCCCGACCGAUCAGGACCUGACCAAGCUUCUCCUGGAGGGGCAGAUGGAAACUGGGGCAGGGUCCCUGCCAAUUCAACCCCUUAUGUCCACCUCUCACUAUGGGCAGCCUAGUUUGACCCCUUCUUCCCAUCUAGACCUAAGAACCAAUCCUAGCUGGGGACCCUAGCUGGAAAGGGGGGUGGGGGGAAAGACCCUGGGAGAUCCUUUCUUCCUAGCCUUCAAGAGACCUCCACAGGUUCCCACCAACUUUUGGAGAUGGGAACCUGCUCUGGUCUGGAAUUCAGUCCAUGACUUCUCCCACACACACACACUCCAUAAGACAGUCAUAAUAAGGGGUCCCCUGCCCUUCUGCUGAUAGACCCACUGUCCAUCAGAGCAAGAGGACUCUGCCAGGAGAAUUUGCUAUGGGCAUCGUAGCGCUUCUCCUACCCCCUAGCCCACCUCUCCUGAAUAGGGAAGGUGGGUCUGUAAAAUAUGGGAAGUCCAAAUAAGCCAGCACAUGCCACCCUAGGCGGGAGGCACAAGCAUUCCUCAUACAAAUGUGUGGCAGAUGAGGCCAGGGGAAGACAGAGAACAGUCCCUCCUACUGCAUUCAGAGCCCUAAGACCCAUAUGCAGAAACACAGACACGCUCAGGUCUAUGCACUGUUAUCUGGGGCUGAAGUGAUGAGCUGGCUCCAGGCAGCCUGGUGAUGGGGUUUGAAGAGGGCUUGGGUAUGGGGAGGGAGAAGAGGAGGAGAGGUUUUUACACUUGGCUUCUGGUGUGGGUUUCACCCAGAUUUUGAAAAUAAAACAAACCACCUUGUAGCCAGGCCUCAUGUCUGCACGAAUGAACACGGGAGGCUCCUUGUCAUGGAUGAUGGUACCAGGCAAGGCUGUUUGGACAUCUGGAACUUUCUUCACAAAUGCUCAAGCUUGUUGUGACUGCACAAGUGCAAAUGUCUCCUCCUGUCUGGGGAUGUGUGUGUGUAUGUGUAGCAUUUGCCAGCUCAGCAAAUGCCAGGCCUCAGAGGUGAGGCGAUGGCAUCGUUUUUUCCCUUCUUGUGUCAGCAUCGGUCCAAAAGAAACACUUUUCAGAAUGCUUGUCCAGUGAGUGCUGGUCACUGUCAGGAAGGACUGAGUGAAUGGUGCCCCCCACACCCACUAGUGACAUGCCCCAUGGCAAAUUACUUAACCUCCAAGUCUCAGUUUCCUCAUCCACAGAAUGGAGAUAACCGCGCCAGGGUGGAUUAUUUGCCCAGCUCAUA